UGUCUCACUGAAACGUGAGGUACAGAACAGGCAACACAUUGGCUGAAUAUUGUUGGGCAGUAGCUGUGAAUGUUAUAGGAACAAACAACCUACAAUGGGUUGUUUUCUUGGAUCAGGGUGGUUUUGCAUAUUGAUGGUAUCUGUCAGUGUAAAAGCACAGCAGAUGUCUUCUACAAAGGACCACAAACCUGAGUGCCUGGGCAACAUUGUCCGUCUGCAUGUGGCUGCUGUAUUGGGGAACGUUAACAGUAUUGUCAAUGACAGCAAAGUUAUAGAGUUGACACCCAACCUGGCAGCUCAGUGUGGCUUCCGCUAUAAAUUUGACCGCAUGGGGAAUGCCAUGUUGUUUGCUUCUCUUCUUAACUGUUUAGCCCAGAGCAAGGAUGACAAGACACUGAACUUGGCUACACAACUUCGGCUUCAUGGCAAACUCAUGCCAGUGGAUUACACCUGCAGCUACACCUGGGCCUCCAGAGAGAUUCUGUGUGACGACGUCUACAUGGAGGUGUCGGUCAGAAGGACUCUUCCGGAAAUCCAAAGCCUCUCCGAGCAGCGUGCAGGAGCAAGGUUCAGCGACCCACGUGGAGGAGCCAAAGCUGCAGCUUCAGGUUACAAAAUGAGUAAAGUGGUCUUCAGUCCUAGCAAUAAGGCUUUGAGGGUGGAUGAGGUCCAAAGGAAGGGCUAUGCAAUAGCCAACACACCCACAAGGCUUGUGUUGCGAAGCCCUCAUGGGAAAGAGGAGACGUACCUACAGAAUGUUGCUGGGGUACCUAUGAAGGUUCUCUCGACCUCCAUCUUCUUUGAGCAGAAGUGGCUGGUGGCCCAAGUAGAUGCUACUGUCGCGUGUCCAACACAAGGGUCGGUGACCUUCACUCCAGAACUGAUCACCUGGUACCUUCCACGACACAUAGACCCGCUGUUCUCUUCUGAUGCCUUCACAAUGUUAGAGCUGUACAUGGGGAUUGAUGGCAAGAGGCUGGACAAACAGGAAAUGGCUGCCAGGAAAUAUUCAGUUUCUCUCAUGGAGGUUCACGUCAUUGUUAAGAUUCCAGUGGGGGCUGUUGGAGGCUACUACAAGAGUCAUGUUCAGGAUAACCAGUACUUCAGCACCUACGCCAUUGAGCCCAUGCUUGAGUUGCUGUGGAUUGAAGAGGAUUCACACGAGGACACGAGAUACAAAGUCCUAUUCCCCAUCACCACUCCGCCAGUGGCUAGGCCUCUGCUAGUCCUCAACUACACGCCUUUAGAUGCUGUUCCUGAGCAGGCGUUGGUGUUCAAGUUGGGGACAUUUAACCUUGACGUGGAGCUGGUGAACGUCACCUUAUCUACCGGGGUGCUGACUGUCGCAGAGUGCAACGCACGAGGCUUCAACGUUCAGGAGGAGAUGUCGGAGGACAACCUCUCGAAGAGCUUCUCGAUGGCUGUCCCCUUCAUGGACCCGGCAGUCUUUCAUGAGAACAGGCCAGAGCAAGGAGUCACGAGCUUCACUCUCCAUCUGAUCUAUGGCCUGGUUGUCCUGCCUGAAAACAUGGCAUUUUCUCACUCUGCCUCUGUUAACGCCAUUUUGAUGAAUGUUGUUCCACAUUCGAUUUCUGGUGUCUGUGAUCAAGAGAACUUCUACAUCACUGUGAACUACGGGAACCAGGCUCCCUUAUUCGAGGUCAUGGUUGGCGGAUGGCUGCUGACCGCUGAGCUUGCGGAACAGUAUGUCACAGAGGGCGAGUCGCGCAUUACCCUCACGGUGCCUUUCUCGGCACCGCAAACAGUGUUUGAGUCGAUUCACGCUUCAGCGGUCAGGAGUCGACUGUCUGUGGCGCUGUUGAAUCCCUUCACCAACGUCACCAUGAAAGACUUCACCCUGGGUUGCACUUUCCACAAAAGACUGACUGAAUGUUUCUCUAAUGGGACAAUGACUGCGCUAGCGGUGAAGGUAGAGUCUACUCCCAGUCUGAACCCUGGCCAGCUGACCUUAACUGACCGCUCUUGUGGCCCCGACUACAGUGAUGACCGUUUUGCGUACUUCAGCUUCAAUGUCAACUCGUGUGGCACAACUCGGAAGUUUAUAGAUGACCUCAUAUUGUAUGAGAAUGAAAUCUCCUUGCCGGAUAAACUUAAAGUGAAGACUGCAUCUGGCUUGGAUGACGACUACCACUUGACGGUGUCCUGCUAUUAUAUGAUCAACAAUACCCAGAGUCUGGCCUAUCACAGGAAGCCAUGCAACAAUGAACCUUCUGCUAAAACCGAGAGUCAACUACUGGUCGUUAUGAGAAUUGCCACGGAUGCCUCUUAUAAGACAUUCCACCAGGUGGAGGAAUACCCGGUGGUAAGGUACCUGAGACAGCCUCUGCAUAUUGAGGUGGAACUGACCAGGUCCACUGACCCUGAGGUAGAGCUGGUUCUGGACCACUGUUGGGCCACACUAGACAAGGACCGGAACUCAAAACCCAGAUGGAAUCUCAUCAUUAAAGGCUGUGAGUACCCAGAGGAUCCGUAUCGUGUGGUCUUCAACACUGUUGUGGCUGACUCCAGAGUCCUCUACCCCUCCCACUUCAAACGCUUCGAAGUCCACAUCGCUGCCUUCACUGGGGAUGUAGACGAACUGACUGACAAGAUCUUCGUUCAUUGUGAUGUGUUCAUCUGUGACCCCAGCAGUCCAGUUAAAGGGCAGUGUAGUGGACAAUGUGUAAACCAGAACAAUUCAAAAAGAGGUCAAAGACAAGUCAAGAGCACCGCUGAGGAGCCUCGUUUGUACAUCUCGUCUGGAGUCAUUUUUCUUGCUUAGUUGUCCUAUUCGGGACAUGUGAAAGUGUUCUUGUCACACCAAUCUGUCGUUUAGGGUAGUGUUUCGCAUUAGGCAUGGCUGGUGUGCUUUCUGGGUCAAACCAGACACUUAUAAAAUAAAUCCUGACUUUGCAGGCUCUUGCACUGAGCAUUCAUUGAUCCUUGGAUGGUGAUCUUCAUGUUGAUCUGUUUGCUUUUGUUUACAAGUAGAUUCUGUUAAUAUUAGUGACACUGUCUGUGCACAGGUGUUCUAUGCAGUCACCGAUGUACAACUUGGGUUUGCUAGCGUGUUACAGACAAGGUCCAUUACCCUGUUCACCCAUUGUGUCUGUCAUUUUGCUCAGUUUACCUAAUCCUGAGACAUACUGCAAAAUUCAAUCUCGUGCAGUAGGCUUGUCAAUUGGCAUAUAUCAAGUCGUUGUGGUUUUCAUUGUUACAAAUUAUUGUGCACCGCAUUUCCUGCACACAAAAUGCAUCGUUGCAAUACUAUUAUACAAGAACUUU